ACACAAGUUUGCCUUGGACGUGUAAUCUGUAAAGCUUGUGCUGAAUAAAAAAAAGUGUACAAUCAGUAUUUACAUAACAAUCUGAAGCAGCUCUGUCUUGAGCGGUAAAUAAUUCUGACCUCGUUUUUGUGCUCUUCUUCAGGGGUUUUUAAAUGAAGGGCAUUCAGGGAAGAGCAACGAUUCUUCUGCACAAUGUGUGAUUGUUUUACAUCGUAAUUGGGGGAAAAAAGGGAGUCUUUUAUCGCAUUUUUGUGCACGACUUGAUGUCCUGCCUACUUCAUGGUAGUGACGUGGAUACUCGGCUAUACCUCCAUAUACUGCCACUGUGAACCGACAGCUGGACAUUAAAUUGUUUCCACGCAGCUGAGGCUUUGGGAGCAAGGUUUAUGAUGCCUAGCAAUUCUGCUGUUUCCUUACAGAGGUCUAAGCGGGACUGGAGACCCCUGGAAGAACGGAACUGUACUGACAUUCCAUGGCUCCUGAUAUUUAUUGCUUUCUGCAUCGGCAUGGGUUGCAUCUGUGGCUUUGCUAUUGCCACUGGAGCAGCGUCCAGGCUGGUGCAUGGAUAUGACAGCUAUGGCAACACCUGUGGCCAGAAAAACUCCCAGAUAGAAGGUAUAGAACUGAGCGGACUGGACCAAACUGACAAAAAGUACGUCUUCUUUUUGGAUCCAUGCAAUAUUGACAUCAUUAACAGGAAAAUCAAGUCUAUGGCUCUCUGCGUCACAUCAUGUCCGAGUGUGGAGCUAAAGACUUACAACGAUAUCAGGAAAUUUGCACAGACAAACGGGUCUGCCCUUUGCUCCUAUCAGUUAAAGCCUACUGAAUAUACCAGUCAUAAACAAAAAGAUACUCUGUGCCCCAAGCUUCCUGUGCCACCAAGUAAGUCAAUUCCGGUAUUCCAUCGCUGCAUCCCUGUGGAUAUCUCCUGUUAUGCCAAGUUUGCUGAAGCCCUGAUCACCUUCGUCAGUGACAACAGUGUGCUUCAGAGGUUAAUCACCGGUGUGAUGACCAGCAAAGAAAUCAUCAUGGGCCUUUGUGUGCUUGCUCUAGUGCUUUCCAUGAUUUUGAUGGUCAUCAUACGAUACAUCUCCACAGUGCUUGUCUGGAUCCUCACUGGAUUAGUGGUUCUGGGGUCACUGGGGGGCACAGGUGUUCUGUGGUGGCUUUAUGCAGAUCACAAGAAGUCGCUGAAUGUUACGCUGCCAGCAGAUCAGUUAGAAGUAGCCAAAGACAAUGUCCAGGCUCUCAUGGUCUAUGCUAUAGCUGCUACCAUUUUCACGGUGAUCCUGCUCCUGCUCAUGUUUUUUAUGCGGAAAAGAGUGGCUCUGACAAUCGCCCUAUUUCAUGUGGCGGGUAAAGUGUUCAUCCACCUGCCGCUGCUCGUCUUCCAGCCCUUCUGGACGUUUCUGGCUCUGAUGUUGUUCUGGAUGUACUGGAUAAUGGUUUUGCUAUUCCUGGGCACAGCAGGCAAUCCAACACAAAAUGACAAGGGUUUGGUGGAAUUCCGAAUGUCGAGCCCUUUGCAGUACAUGACCUGGUAUCACGCAGUUGGCUUGAUCUGGAUCAGCGAGUUUAUUCUUGCGUGUCAGCAGAUGACUGUUGCUGGUGCUGUUGUCACUUAUUAUUUUACAAGGGAUAAGUCCAAAUUACCACUUACUCCUAUACUGUCAUCCGUAUAUCGUCUUAUCCGGUACCAUCUCGGUACUGUGGCGAAGGGAUCCUUCAUCAUUACACUUGUGAAGAUCCCUCGAUUGAUCCUCAUGUACAUUCAUAAUCAACUGAAAGGAAAGGAAAAUGCUUGUGCUCGGUGCAUGUUGAAAGCCUGUAUUUGCUGCUUGUGGUGUCUGGAGAAGUGCCUAAAUUAUCUGAAUCAGAAUGCAUAUGCAGCUACAGCUAUCAACAGCACCAACUUCUGCACAUCUGCAAAGGAUGCCUUUGUGAUUCUGGUGGAGAAUGCUUUGAGAGUUGCCACGAUCAACACCGUUGGAGAUUUUGUUUUGUUUCUUGGGAAGGUCCUGAUAGUUUCCAGCACAGCCUUUGUGGGCGUACUGGCUCUGAACUACCAGCGGGAUUAUACAGUGUGGGUCCUCCCUCUGAUCAUCGUGUGCCUCUUCGCCUUCCUGGUUGCCCACUGCUUCCUCUCCAUAUAUGAAAUAGUUGUGGAUGUCCUCUUCUUGUGCUUUGCCAUCGAUACCACGUACAAUGACGGGAGUCCUGGGAAAGAGUACUUCAUGGACAAGGCUCUUAUGGAGUUUGUGGAGAGCAGCAAGAAGCCGAUGAAAGAGCGGAGCAGGGGCAGGCCCCACUCAACCGACAGCAGGGAGGCGAAGCCCAUGGCUCCUGGAGCAAGUUCAGCUUGACCAAAAUCACCUAAUGGAACUUUUUUUAAACAUUCCAAAUGUUUAUUUUUACCAAUGUGUAACAUGUUUACUAUGGUUUCACUCCAGGGAAUACAAUAUUUUAAUAAGAAACUGUAAAAUAACUCAAGUAAUGAAGCACUUUAUAUGAAAGCGCCGUGUAUUUUAACUACUGAUGCAUUUUAGUAGUGAUGUCCUUUUUAUAUUUGACUAAAAUGUCGUCUAGAUAAAUGCAGCACUAAAAUGUCCAGUUUUGACUGAAAAGUAAUUCAUCAUGCCAGUUUUCAUUAAGUUUUUAGAUUUUGUUCAUCUUGUUCAAAUUACAAAUAACAAGCAUUGUAACUGAAUUUGUAUAGCAUUGCUUGAAUACUUUUUUUUUCCUCUAAAGAAACACAAAGUGUAUGAACAUGAUCAGAAUUAGAGCUGCUUUUUAAAUGCAGCAAAUUCUGUGCAUCUUUUUUUAAAGGGAGGGGAAUAGCUUUAGGGGCACGUUUCUGUAGUUUUAGUUUUUUCACUAAUGAGUUGUUACUAAUGUUACUCACCAUUAACAGUGACAUUUAUUUACUGUUAGAAAAAAAAAACGUUCUCAAGACUGUUAAGGAGAGAACAGUCAGUACCGGUGUAAGUCAUUCUAGUUUACACGGCAGGUAGUGGAAGACUGCCGAUAACAGGGCAAUGAUAGGCUCAGACUAUCCUGACCAUCAGACUUGACUGUGCUCAUUUCACAUUGCUACAAGCUCAGGGUCCUCCACUGUUCGCGCUUGUACGAUCACAUGCGAUCACAUGAGAAGAGUUUGGGCAGCUGACCCCUACAAACUGAAAUGACAGCCAUAUAAUCUGCUUAUGAGAGUUUGACCGUGUCAAACGGACUGAUAGCCGCGGACACUCAUUCGUAUCACUGACGACAGGAAAGUCACAAUGCUGCCCAGAUUCUUAGUGUGAUGAGAAAUCUGCUCCAUGUCAAAUCCGAUGUCAUUAAAGGCCGUGGAGAACCCUGAAGCUAGAGAGGACGAGCAAUAACAGAAUAGCGAUGAUGAUCUUGGGGGGGGGGAAAAGUCUUCCUGCUUGCACUAAAAUUCUUAAAACUGUUUAAAAAUGUUUAUGGUGACAGUUUUCUAACUCUUCUGUAAUUAAGAGUUUUCCAGGUGUGCAAUAGAUCUUAUUUUAAGACAAAUGGAGGGAGUACAAAUCGUCUUGCACCUUGCCUUAACUGGUUCAGUAGGCCUUGGUUCCUGCUGGAUCUCGUCAUUUCUGUAUCCGGUCUAUAAUGUUGAAUCCUAGAAUGGUCACUUGACUGCAGAUGGAUAAUAGCUGUUUUUGUAGUUUGGUUUGUCUUUAAAAGUUCCGGCUUUGAAGGUCGAUUGUUUCCCAUUCAACGUUAAGCAGUCCGAUCGGACCAAAACACUAACUUGUUCUUAUUCCGGGGUUUUUCCACCCUUGGAAAGGUAAACCCCUUUUCCAAGAAGCGUUUAAAAUGUUUUGACAAAGCCAAAAAAAAUAAGGGUCUGGUUUUCCUGAUAAAAUCUAGGUGUGUUUAAAUGAACAUCAUAAAAAGUUGGAAAAUUACAUUUUUGUGAAUGCAAUGAUCAUGGCAGAUUCUGGGAAAUUUAAUACUGAGUGAUGAUUUGUAAAUGAUUCAAACUGGAUUAGCAUUUUGUCCUUUUGAACUGACAUUGCAGCGUUUCCUGUUUAUACAGCUCAAUGAUUUCAGUGAUGCAUACAUGGUAUAUAAGGGCCAUUGCCGUGCAUUAAUGCACAGUUAAAUAUUGCUUUGAUAGCAUGGGAAUGGAUAAACCAGAAUAUAUCCAUUCUUAUCUUUCAAUGAACUGGAUUCAUAGCAGAAUUCAUUGGUCAAAACUGAACUACCAACAACAAAAAAUUGUGUGUAAAACUUACAGUAAGUGACAAACAGCUCUCAGUAGAGAUAGUUUGAAUGCUUAUAUGCUCUGUGCAAAACUUACUUUUGUGAUCAUUAUUUUAGUAUAAAAGCAUGUUAUGCAGGCUAUUUCAAAUGGGACUACACUAAUGAUACACAUUUUUGUUGUGCUUUGUAAUGCAAAGCGUGUUAACAACGGUAAAAUGCUUCUUUAGAAAUUAUUAAAGCCAAAUGUUUAAAUUUUGAUUAAAUAUGAAAGGUAGCUGUAAACGUAGUUUAAGCUUCCUGCUAAUUUACAUGUCUCUUACCUACAUAUUAUAUUACUCAGAAAACUAGAUAGGAAGAAAAAUAAGACCAAAGAAAUCAAUAUGAACUUGUUGCUUAAAAGUCAUUGAUGUCCUUAAAACCUUACAAACAAUUUAGGAUGUGCUAUAAUGAUCGGGAUUCAAAUUUUAGUAGCAGUCGGAAUACCAGUUUGAGUCUUUCUCAGGAUAACAGUACACAGUGAGUGACAGUGAGGUACAGUGUUAUAUGCAGCUACUGUCAUCCAUAGAGAAUCUGCUACCUGGUCUCUCUGUGGUUCCAAACCAAUGGGUCAGAUGUAGCCAGGCAUUGUUUGCCAAAGUGUGACUUUUACCGAUUCCAAUCAAUAGAAAUGAUUUCCUAAUCUGUACAAUGUAAUGAUAAUGUAAAGGCCUGUGUGUGAUUAUUGUUGAUUUCUAAGCUUAGAUCAGCAACAAUGGUGUUGUUUAGUCUCCUCAUGUUGAACUUUUCUCUGAAAGUCAGACUUACACAAAUGUUCCAUGAUAACCAUUGCAAAAAUCUGGGUACUUCCACAAUUAUCUAAAGGACAUGUAAGAUUUGCAUUUUUUUUCAAACAAGUAUGGACUCCAUCUACAUAAGUUGUAAAAUCGAAUGCAGUAAAAUCAUCAGACUUAGUACGAUCUAUAAAAUGGAUCAAAAGCUUUACACAGCUCUAAAUCUACUGUUGCAAGACGUGAUUCCCUUUAUUUUAUUUGUGAAUUUGAGGUUUUAUUGUGCAGAAAUCACUUGGGAUGAACGGUUACUAGAAAAUAUUAAAAUGAAAUUGGUUACUAGUCUGGUGUAAUAAUAGCUUUUAGCUCCUAAUUGCAGUAAUUGUUUGUAAAAUUGAACUAAAUUUUGUUUUUUAUAUUAUUUCUUAUGUAUCUCUUUUUUAAAAAAUAAUAAAAUGAAAACUUUAA